AUGUUCCUUUCCCAAAGACGAUUGUCGCAUAUACCAUUCUUAGCACGUUAUUAUGCGUUGAUACUCGUCGCGCUAUCGCAGGUCGCGGCCGCGGGGAAGAGUGAUGUCGCCAGUGGCAGGGCCGUAUACAGCUAUGGACAACCUAUGCCGGUGACCUGUUUGAACCGGACAAUCGACUCUGGAGAACAUAUCACAGACAAUCUCGGCAAGCUGCAAUACAUUCCCUUCCCGACCUGCAACGAGACCUUCCUCCCGCUUGCACUCCGCUACGGCGUGACAGAAACAAUCAAUUGCACCAUCAGCUCGCUCCCCGACGAGCUCUACCACCUCUUAGAAUAUUACGUCCACUCGGAUGUACCACUAGCCUGUCGCCGAAAACACCGACCUCUCCCCCUCGACAAUGGCGGACCAGCAUACACGCCCCUCACCUUUGCUCUCCAGGGUACCCUGCAGCGCAGCCACCUCCACAUCUGGACAGACAUGAACGUCCUCGUGCAUAAUAUUCCCUCGGCCUCCGCGUCGAGCAAGACCAAGAAAAGUAGCCGGAAGAGCAAGCAUGCGACCCCGGGGUACGUCGUGGCCGGUACCGCGUACUCGAUUCCCGAGUUUGACGGCCCGCUUCCGAAGGACAGAGACGCUGACGAGGACGACGCGGCUGUGGCUGUUUCCGAGGCGGCGCGCGAUCCCUGGACGGCCGGCCACGGCACGAAGGUCAUCCGCGGCGAGCCGCUCACGUUUACCUUCCAUGUUAGCUGGGUUGAAGGCGGGAAGGGCAUCUGGUGGCCUGCUGGGGGCCCAAAUAACGCGGAGGGAUCGUCUGGCGUGGCGUCGUUCUUCUCCAGGUUGUUCUUCUUCGUGCUGGCUGCGGGUGUCGGGGCGGUUGUGGCGUUGUACUGGGAGCGGAAUGGGGCGCGCCGACGGGCUGGAUGGCGCGGGGAUGGGAUUCUGGGUGCCUCUACUCCUCGUGGGAAAGGGUCGGUUGGGAUCGCUUACGGCAAUGGUGGUAAAAUAAAUGGGUAUGGGGGUUACUCUCCUUCGAGCACGCCUUCUGUGGUCGCUACUGGUGGUGGGGGUUAUGGAUACGGGGGCUAUGGAAAGAAAGACUAA